AGAAUUGAUGUUAAGAUUUCGCUUCCCGAAACAAGGAACUCCGUUUAAGGAAAGGAAAACAGCGUACGAGGAAGAGAGGUAGAAAACGGCAUGCAGUGGUGGGCGUCAUGGCGGAGGUGUUAUAUUGGAUCUCAACGUUUGUUCUAAUUUUGACCCUUCUAUGUAUCCUCGGUUACCAGCUUAUAUUAUUGGUGGACUUGGAAUUUGAUUAUAUCAACCCAUACGAUUCAACGUCUCGGAUAAACCAGGUUGUCUUACCAGAGUUCAUCAUCCAUGGAAUCUUCUGCUUCACCAAUCUUAUAGCCGGGCAUUGGUUUAUAUUCCUGCUAUCUCUCCCUUUCCUGUAUUACAAUCUGAGAUUGUACAUUAAAAGAGAGCACUUAGCAGAUGUUACUGAAAUCUACAAUAAGCUAUAUUGGGAGAAAAAGAAGCGGCUGUUCAAAGUUGGAUAUCUUGUUUUGGUAUUUGUAUUUUCUAUAGUCAGCUUGGUAUGGACCCUUGCCGAGGAUGUGCAUUAAUUGGUGGCUUGCCUUCCAUGCCUGCCAUAUGUUUGAAUUACAUUUUUGUUCAAGAAUUAUGUUAUUCUUUGUAUAAAUGUUCCAGCUAAUUAAACUCUUCGUAAUAUCAAAGAAGUUACAGGCUGAUACAUUCACUACAUUGAGGGCAAAUCCAUCUUAUGAGCUGAAUUUGAUUGGCAAGAGCCAUGGCGAGAGCAAUCUGUGAUGAGCCAAGCUCUUUAUAGAGGGGGGACAUGUGACAAUCCAUUUUGGUGCUAAAGCAAGAAACAGAGAAGCUUGAGAAGGUGUGAUUCUCUAAGUGAAGUUUUAUAUUCUUUCUGUGAGUUAGAGUGCUUUAGGCAGGAAAAAAGUUGUUUGAGCUCUCAUUGUGGUUUCGGCACAAACGUAAACGCCUUUUGCCUAAUAUGUAUAUUUUUAUUGUCAUAUUUGCUUCCUCUGCAUGUAAACCCAAGAGUAGCACCACCACCACCACCAAAGACUGAUAACUUUUUCUGUUGUUUUAAACCCUUUUAUAGAGUUACAAAUUCUUUAUCCAAGGCAUUGAUACCUUGAUAAUUUGAUAGUUAAUUGUUUUUAAAUUUAUAAUGUGUAACUAAUAGUACAUAAUUGUUUGACAAAUAAUCAACCAGCUAUGCCUGGCAAACAAG